AUGGAUUUCGAGAAGAUUAAGGUUGCGAAUCCGAUCGUGGAGAUGGACGGUGAGCCUCGACCGGACUCUGUUCCUCGUUCCCGCAGUUGCUUUUAGUUGCUGUUCUUCCUCUAGAUGGGGCCCUUUCGAAUUGGUCAGUAUUUCUCGAUGGUAAAGCCUCGCCCUCUGUUGGAGACAUUUAAGCUGACAUCCGCCGUAUCCUGGCCGGGAUCCUGAGAAGUAGAUGUGUCCAUGGUUUGACGUUUCUCGAAUUCUCCUCUUCAUCAAUGCUCUUCGGGUGUGGACAUUUUUCGCUUAGCAUAGUUUGUGGAAUUUUCUUUGUGGAACAUUUGUCCAUCGGUUUUCUUAUUCAUUUUCCUCGAAAAAUAGCUUUUAUCUAUUUACCGGUGCAGGUUUAUAGUGUCUUCUCUGGUAAUUAUCAAUGUUAGGUGGUCAAUUUUUAUUUAUUUAUCAAAAUUCAGGUCUCUGCUCUUUUUUUUAUAAAAAAUAUUGAUUUAAAUUCCUGAAUCUCGUAUUUGAAUUCAGGCGACGAGAUGACUCGUGUCUUCUGGAAAUCAAUCAAGACUAAGGUAAUCAUUCAUAGUCUCUUGGCUAUUACGAAUUCUUCCUUUCUCAUCUUCUUUUGCCUACAUUGGUCACUUGCCCGCUGAAUCUAGUCUUAUGAUCAAUGUGCAGCUCAUCUUCCCAUUCUUGGAUUUGGACAUCAAGUACUUUGAUCUAGGGCUCCCUAACCGUGACGCAACCGAUGAUAAAGUUACAAUUGAGAGUGCAGAAGCCACACUCAAGUAAGCCUCAUACGUUCUUACAGUAUGCACUCUCAGCAUAUUUCUUAUUGCAAAGAGGUAUUUUAGAAUACUAUAUUUGUCUCUUAAUAAUCCUGGAGUUUGAGAGUUCUCUUAGCUUGAUUCGGUAAUUUGGAGGCUCAUUUGACGUCUGACGAUUUUUUUUUCAUACACGACUAGAUCAUCAUCAGGAAAUAUGUAUUUUUUUCAUUUUUCUGUCUUAAUGUUACCUUUUUUAUCCUGAAAACUGAUGCAGUUACCCUUUUUUCGUGCCUUUUUACUGGGCUGAAUUGUCUUAAUUAUUUUAGGUACAAUGUCGCUAUCAAGUGUGCUACAAUAACCCCAGGUGUCGUCUAACUAGUGCCAUCAUUUUCCUCUCAUCAGCCAAACAAUUCAUGUUUGAUUUGCUUCCAAGACAAAGUUUUUGUUGCCCAAGAAAUCCAUAAUAAUUUGAUAAAGUCAACUCAAUGUUCAUGCAGAUGAGGCUCGUGUCAAGGAAUUCAACUUGAAAUCCAUGUGGAGAAGUCCUAAUGGAACCAUCAGGAAUAUUUUGAAUGGUCGGCAUUAUACAGUGUGGUUAUAAUAGGCCGUGUGAUCUUUACUACAUUAACACCGCACAGGCUUGCUUGUAUAUUUUUGUUGCAGGUACGGUGUUCAGGGAGCCUAUUAUCUGCAAAAAUGUUCCUCGACUUGUUCCUGGUAUUUAGAAUAAUGUCAACAUGUUAUUCUUAUUUAACUGUCAACUUUUAUUCAAUUCUUGUAUUUUUCUUAGGCUGGACGAAGCCCAUUUGUAUUGGAAGGCAUGCUUUUGGCGAUCAAUAUCGAGCCACAGACACAGUAAUCAAAGGGCCCGGGAAGCUGAAGCUGGUCUUUGGUGAGGAGCCUCUACUGGAAGACUGAUUCUGAUCUGGGUGCGGCAUCUGCUUGUUAAGUUGGCCUUUGUGUCAUCACUCUUUCAGAGGGAAAAGAGGGGAACGUGGAAUUCGAAGUAUUUAACUUCAUGGGCGCAGGGGGAGUAGCACUAUCGAUGUAUAACACUGAUGAAGUAUAUAUUUCAACCGACUCUUUUGGUGCUUCAGUUUAUAAUCCCAGUUUAUUAUCUAACCAUAUGGCAUCUUCUGGCGGAUGUUUUAACAGUCUAUUCGUGCUUUUGCCGAAGCCUCGAUGAACACUGCUUACCUGAAAAAAUGGCCUCUUUAUUUGAGCACGAAAAAUACAAUACUGAAGAAAUAUGAUGGAAGGUCUGUUGCCCAGCUUUCAUUAAUUAUUUCAACCUUAUAUCUUCGUGAUUUUUUUUAUUUGAUUCUUUAUUGUUCUCUGUAUUACAGGUUCAAGGAUAUAUUCCAAGAGGUGUAUGAAACUAGCUGGAAAUCGAGGUUUGAGGCUGCAGGCAUCUGGUAUACUUUUACUCAUACAACACCUCUUCCCUAGACCACUGAAUCUUGUAUUUACUCAGAAAUCAACUUCCAGGUACGAGCAUCGGCUCAUUGAUGAUAUGGUUGCAUAUGCACUUAAGAGUGAAGGAGGCUACGUGUGGGCCUGCAAGAACUAUGAUGGAGAUGUGCAGAGUGAUUUUCUAGCUCAAGGUGGAGAUUCUUAUUUCCCGUUGGACCAAUUUUACUGAUUUCUUGGUCAAUCAAUCUUUCCUAAAAAGAAAAAAAUAGAUUUCUGCUUCAAGGAAGCAGAAAACGAGAUUCCAUUGAUUCAAUUAAAUUCAAUAUAUUUAUUUAUUUAUUUAUUUCCUCUACAGGCUUUGGAUCUCUGGGACUGAUGACAUCGGUUCUUGUGUGCCCUGAUGGGAAAACAAUAGAAGCGGAAGCUGCGCAUGGUACAGUGACGCGCCAUUACCGUGUUCAUCAGAAAGGAGGUGAAACUAGCACAAAUAGCAUUGCUUCAAUAUUUGCUUGGUCACGUGGGCUUGCUCAUAGGUAUGCUAUUCAUGAAUGAACCAAAAAAAAAAGAAAAGCAUUGGCAGCCUAAUUAUCACGUAUUUCUGUCCCUACAUCAUAUCAUUUUAUCCUCAGUAUUGUAACUCCGACCCUGAAAGUCCGCCAUGUGAGAUGACCAACCCUACGAGGACAGCUGAGGAGGUUUCAAUUCUGCAGGGCGAAGCUAGACGGCAACACCAGGCUGCUGGACUUCACUAGCAAACUGGAGGCGGCGUGUGUUGGGGCAGUCGAGUCAGGAAGGAUGACCAAGGAUCUUGCCUUACUCAUCCAUGGCCCAGGGUAAUCACACCGCGGCUUAAGUUGACUCUCCAAUCAUAAAACAGGGUCAAAGAAUCCUAAUAGUCAACCCUCUACUUGCUAUUAUUGUCAGUGUCACCCGUGCCCAGUACUUGAGCACAGAGGAAUUCAUCGACGCCGUGGCUGACGAGCUGAGGGCCAGGCUCUCGGCUAAAUCGAAGCUUUAG